GAUGGGAUGGCGAGACUGGCUGAGUACGUGCGUGGCGCGUCGCUCCCAGGCGCUGGAGGAGGAGGACGAGGCCUUGGCCUUGUGGCUGACGGCGCGGGACGGCGCGGUCAACAUCGCCAUCAUCGUCUGUCUGUGCUACAUCGUAGAGGUGUGGCAGGGCCCCGACUUCUACUUCGACAAUGCGUCGGUGGGGUCGUCCCUCACCAAGAGGAUGUUCAUGCCCAGCAAGUCGAUCCCCGAGGAGGAGAGGCUGAUUGGACUGCUGCUGCCAGACUACUCGGGCAUCGCCACCAUUCAGAUGCUGUGGGAUUGGCUGGAUGCGAGCAUCGUGCCUGCGUUCGCCGUGCCCGAGCCCAGGGUGCUCUUGUCCCACCGCCUCCUGGGCAAAGUCCGCCUGCGCCAGCUCAGAGUCAGGGGAAGGACCUGUGACAUGAGGGAGCUGUUCGACGGCGUAUUCGCCGAGUGCUACGGCAGGUACACGGACGACAACGAGAACAAGGAGAGCUUCUUGGAGGCGGACUCGUCGCGCCGACGCGUCGGCCAAGGCAAAGGGCUGACGGCGUCGGCCUGGGAGUGGAGCAGCCCCGAGAGCUUGGGGGGCACGGGCUUCACCGCCGACGUGGAAAGAUACGGUGGUGGUGGAUUUUACGUGGAUUUGCCCAGGGACCAAGACAAGGCGGAGGCGCUGUUGCGGGAGCUGCGAGAGGGUGUCUGGCUGGACGAAGCGACGCGCAUGGUGUUCGUGGACAUCAACAUGUACAACCCGAACCACAACGUCUUCGUCACGGUCAACCUGUACAUCGAAAUCCCACCAACCGCCGGACUGCUGCCUAGGGUGCUGGUGAACACGCUCAAACUGCUCAACGACGAGCACUGCCAGGUGACGGCCCCCGUGCUGCUGCUUGUGCUGUCGCUGUGGACGGCCGUGGGGCAGGGCGCCGAGAUGGCCGCCCGGGGUUUCUACGGUUACUUCAAGAUCCUGGCGCACUACAUGCACCUAACGGGCGCGCUCAUCGGUGUCAUCCUCAGCAUCAUGGACAUCAUCCACAAGUGCUGGGAGCCGGACACGGACCGGGCGCUUCUGGCGCUGCGUUCGGACGAGUUCGUGGACCUCCUGGCGCGGCGCUACUCCUACAACACGCUCCGCUACUCCGUCAUCAUGACACUCUUCUUGACGUGCGGCCGCCUGCUCUUCCUCAGCGACUUUGGCCGCUACUCCAAGCUGACCGCCACCCUGUACCGGUCCAUGCCCAACGUCCUCUCCUUCUCCUUCAUGUUCGCCAUACUCAUGUGCUCCUUCAGCAUGAUGGCCUACCUCGUCUUCGGCACCGACCUCUACGACUUCCGCACCUUCAUAAGCUCCCUGUUCGUCCUGGUGGAGGUCAUCAUCGGCCAGCUCGACUACAAGUCGCUGUCCACGACGAACCGCUUCCUCGGCCCGCUCUUCUACAUGGCCUUCAUCUUCUUCGUCGUGUUCGUACUGUACAACAUGUUCAUCGUCAUCCUGAACGACAGCUAUUACAUCGUCCGCCAAGAGGCAGUGGAAGCCGAAGAGCCCGAGAUGUAUGAGGUGAUCCCGUUCGUGGCGCACUGCCUGCACAGCCUGUGGGCGUGCUUGCGCGUGCCCAUCCCCCUGCGGCGCGCCAAGCCGCGGCCCCAGCGCCUCGUCAAGCUUCGGGCCCUGCGCACGCUCCUGCUGGACUGCAAGGUCCCGCGUAAGGGCUCCGUCUGGGACGCCGUCUAG